AUGAAGUGGAGGAGGAUCCAGACAGACUUCUGCGAGUCUCUCGAGUAUGAAAUCAUCUCUGACUCAUGCACUGAGACGUCCACUAACCUGCACCAGAAGUUGUACUAUCAUGUGUUGGGAACCCCUCAGUCUCAGGACGUCCUGUGCGCCGAGUUCCCCGAUCAGCCCAAAUGGAUGGGCGGUGCUGAGGUGUCUGAUGACGGCCGUUACGUGCUGUUGUCCAUCAGAGAGGGCUGUGACCCCGUUAAUAGACUGUGGUACUGUGACCUGAACGACGUCCCGCAGGGAAUCACUGGUUUGUUGCCUUGGGUGAAGCUGAUCGAUAACUUUGAUGCGGAGUAUGAAUACAUCACAAAUGAAGGAACCGUUUUCACGUUUAAAACCAACCUGGACGCUCCUCAGUAUCGACUCAUCAACAUCGACUUCGCCCAACCGUCCGCCAGCCAAUGGAAAGAGCUCAUUCCCCAACAUGACAAAGACGUCAUCGUGUUUGCUACCUGCACAUACUCCAGUUUCCUGUUUGUGUGUUUCCUCCAUGACGUGAAGAACGUGUUGAAGAUGUUCCGCCUGUCCUCGGGCGAGGAGAUCCGCACGUUCCCGCUGGACGUCGGCUCGAUCGUGGGCUUCACUGGGAGGAAGAAAGACUCUGAGAUCUUUUACAGCUUCACCUCGUUUUUGUCUCCAGCGAUCAUCUAUCACUGUGAUCUGACUAAAGAGCCGCUGAAGCCACACGUCUUCAGAGAGGUCACAGUGAAGGGCAUCAAUCCUGCUGACUACCAGACCACUCAGGUGUUUUAUCCCAGUAAAGACGGCACCCAAAUCCCAAUGUUUAUUGUCCAUAAGAAAGGAAUCGAGCUGGAUGGUUCCCAUCCCGCCUUCUUAUACGGAUACGGAGGUUUCAAUAUUUCCAUCACACCCAGCUACAGCGUUUCUCGGCUGAUAUUUGUCAGGCAUCUGGGAGGAGUUUUAGCUGUGGCCAACAUCAGAGGAGGUGGAGAAUAUGGAGAGACUUGGCAUAAAGCGGGGAUGUUGGCCAAUAAGCAGAACUGUUUCACUGACUUUCAGUGUGCAGCCGAGUAUCUAAUAAAGGAGGGUUACACCUCCUCCAGCAAAAUCACCAUCAACGGAGGCUCUAACGGGGGGCUGCUCGUGGCGGCGUGUGUGAAUCAGAGGCCCGAUCUGUUCGGCUGUGCUGUGGCUCAGGUCGGCGUCAUGGACAUGUUAAAGUUUCAUAAGUUCACCAUCGGGCACGCUUGGACCUCUGAUUUCGGCUGCUCUGAACUCAAAGAGCAGUUUGAUUGGUUAAUCAAGUACUCUCCUCUUCACAAUAUCCGUGCUCCAGAAGGGGACGGGGUUCAGUAUCCCGCUGUCCUGUUGUUGACGGGCGACCACGAUGACCGCGUGGUGCCGCUGCACUCGUUAAAAUACAUCGCCACCCUGCAGAAUGAGAUUGGUCACCGUCCCGGCCAGUCAAACCCUCUCUUUAUCUACGUGGACACUAAGUCAGGCCACGGUGCAGGAAAACCCACCAGUAAAGUCAUUCAGGAGGUGGCGGACAUGUACGCCUUCAUCGCUCGCUGCCUGAACCUCAGCUGGAUCGAGUGAAACGUUACGAGGCCCUUCUUACAGUUUGAUUUCCUUCUGGACUGUUUGCGCUCCUGUUCACUGAAUCGGCCACUGUCUUUCCCGCUCCUCCGCGCUUUCAUUAUUCGAUGUGUUACUUUCUAGUAGAAACGCUAAAACCAUUUCAAAAGGACUGAAUGCUAUAACCUGAACUACAUUCAUGACUGAUUUCAUAUCAAUUUACAAUGUCACGGCUGUGUACGGGUUACACUGGGCUCUUGUUUCUUAGGAAAUAUUAUAAUUACUGAGGUCACGGGGUGAAGUGUCAUAACCUCUCAAGCACUUUACUAAAACUGUAUUUAUUUGACGACGGAAAGGCAUGAUGAGUUUAUGGAUCAAUGUACGGCAGCCAUCAAGAAAUCAUUUUUUUGGGUGAAUCUCAUGAAAACAUGUUCAGAUCUCAUUUUACACCCGAUACUAAAAGAAACAAAUUUAAAUUACGCAUAAAGAAUUUUUAUUCUUUGUUACACUAUUUUUAAUGGCAGAUAUGUACUAAAUUUGGGGUUGAGUGUUUCAUAACUGUAAUCUGUCUGGACAUUAUUCAAAUCAGCAUUAAUGUGAAAAUACAUUUUUUUUUUUUGCAUUUUCAUACAGUAUUGAGAAUUGGGAGGAUGAUGUCAUGAAAAUGUCAUAUUAUUUCUUCUGAUUGGAGUUGAAAUAUAACCUGAGCAUGUUUCAUAACAUGAGAUUCACCUUUACCGUGUUUGUGAGUGUGUGUUCAUUUGUGUGAAUGAGCUAUAGAAAGAAAUCCGUUUCUACCUCCACAUUUAUGCAGAUUGUUUUGACUUUAAAGGGAAAAGCAAACUAAAUAACAUAGUACAAUAAAACACAAUUGAAAAUGAACUGUGUGUGUAUUCAGUAAGAUCAGAAUGUAACAGUUGUUUGUUUACUAUUAGAUUAUUUCACUGGGCUAGGCGGAAUUAGCAUUUUAAAUAAAAUAUACAGUCCAAA